AUUACUUAUAAAGAUCCUUCUUUUAUCCUUUCUUCAAGAAGAUAAAGAAAGUUCUUGGAAUUGGGUGGCACUUUUCCCAACGGUGUUGAAUUUGAACUCAAAUCUUGCGCUAUUAAAAGGAUCAGCCCGCCAGUGGUUUAUUCAAACUUAUAAUCACAAACUGGAAUAAUCCUCUUUUACUUUUCUUGGAUUUUCGUUUUUUUUGUUCUUUUUCUUUUUACAUUUUUUUUGUAGUUUAAAUUCCAUCUUGAACUGUUCUCAGCAGUUCUUCUGUUGGGUUUCUUUUCUUUGCCCUUAUUUAAAGAACCUUCAAUUCCUACUAUGCUCUGCGUUUGAUUUCCUGCAGAAAGAAAGAGUCUCAUCAUAAAAUAAUGGAGAGUUUUCAUGAUGAAGAAACAGAUGAUCAAUCAGAAAGAGCAUUGAAAAGUGGGGAUUUUUCUUCUUCUUCUUCUUCUUCGUCUUCGUCUUCUUUUGGGUAUUGCAGAAGGAACUCAUCGGAGACGAUGACUUCAGCUGAAGACAAUGCCAGCUGGGAAACCGAGUCGUCUCCGGUGACUUUUCCCCUCUUCAAAUCCCCAACACAUAGCAAAGCCCUUUCGAGGCUCGGUAUGAGACAUCAAGAGAGAUUCGAAGAUGAUUCCAAGAAUGUUGAUUCAGAGGUGGAAAUGAUGAAGGAAAGGUUUUCAAAGCUGUUGUUGGGAGAAGACAUGUCAGGAAGUGGGAAAGGGGUGUCUACUGCUGUUACCAUUUCAAAUUCCAUUACUAACCUUUUUGCAUCUGUUUUUGGUCAGCACCAGAAAUUGGAGCCAUUGAGCAGUGAUAUGAAGUCAAUGUGGAAGAGGGAAAUGAACUGUCUUUUGUCUGUGUGUGAUUACAUUGUAGAAUUUGUGCCCACUUCACAAGUGUUACAGGAUGGCACCACUAUUGAGGUGAUGACAAGCAGGCCAAGAUCAGAUAUCCACAUGAACCUUCCGGGUUUGAGAAAACUAGACACAAUGCUCCUGGAGAUUUUGGACAGUUUUGAGGCAAGUGAGUUUUGGUACACAGAGAAAGGAAGUGGGAGGGGGAACUCAUCAAGGCGGCACGGGUCCUUCAGAAGGGUACUUCAGCCCCAGCCUCAGCCCCAGAGGAAUGAGGAGAAGUGGUGGUUGCCGGAUGUGUGUGUCGCGCACGGAGGGCUUUCUGAAAAAUCGAGGAAGAAUUUGAGGCAAAAAGGGAAAUGUGCUCAUCAGAUCCACAAAGCAGCAAUGGCCAUUAACACUACCAUUCUAUCUGAUAUGGGAGUCCCACAUUCUUACUUUGCCUCCCUCCCUAAGAGUGGGAAGGCAAGUGUGGGAGAAUCGAUUUAUCGGUACAUAAGUUCAGGGGAGAAGUUUUCUCCGGAAAAACUUCUUGACAGUGUAAAUAUAAGCUCAGAACAUGAAGCACUUGAACUUGCAGACAAAGUAGAGGCAUCCAUGUACACAUGGAGAAGGAAGGCUUGUUUGGCUCAUGCAAAAUCCUCAUGGGAGAUGGUCAAAGAACUCAUGUCUGACAUUGAUAAUAAACCAGAUAAAAACUGUGUUUUUGCUGAAAGAGCAGAGACAUUGCUGUUUACCUUGAAGCAAAGGUAUCCCGAGCUUUCACAAACAACAUUGGACACAUGCAAGAUCCAAUGCAAUAAGGAUGUGGGAAAAUCAAUCCUUGAGAGCUAUUCAAGAGUGUUGGAGAGUUUGGCAUUCAACAUUGUUGCUUGGAUUGAAGAUGUGGUUUUUGUGGAUAAGACCAUGAGAAACCAACAGUAAUAGUGUGUAGGGAUCUCAUCAUUCCAUACAAUUAACUAAAGAAGGGUAACCACCACGCCACCACGCUGGUGUCGCGUAGGAAAAUUUUGCUGCAUGACUCGAACCCGUAACUUCAAGGUCACUCCAAGGCUCCCCUUCAAGGCUUCAACUAAGACAUCCUAAUCUUUUUUUACUUCUCAAUGUAUCAUUUCAACUGUAAAUCAAUACUGGAGGGUCAA